CAGGAGCUUAACGUGAUGGCUUUGGAAAGUCCCAAAGACCUUCGCCAUCUGCGGGCUUGUCUUCUUUGCUCUUUGGUGAAGACCAUCGACCAGUUUGAAUAUGACGGCUGUGACAACUGUGUCUACCUGCAGAUGAAGGGGAACCGAGAGAUGGUCUAUGAGUGCAGUUCCUCCUUCGAUGGUGUGAUAGCCAUGAUGAGCCCCGAGGACAGUUGGGUAGCUAAAUGGCAGAGGAUAGGCAGCUUCAAGCCAGGUGUAUAUGCAGUAUCAGUGACAGGCAGACUACCCCCAGGUGUGGUGAGAGAGCUGAAAAGCAGAGGAGUGAUCUACAAAUCCAGAGACACGGCAGUGAAGUCGUAAACACGACUGCUUCUGCUUUACUUUGUCUGAUUGGCCACACCAGAGCACCAACUCCAGGAAGAAGUUAACAACAGUGGGACUAAAUUUGGUCGUGUCUGUGAUGCCUUAUGGCAGCGUGCUCCAGCUGUUCAAUUUCUGUUUGUUGUUGUGAUUAGUUAUAUUAGUAUGGGGGCUUAUGGGAGAGAAAAUGUGUUUUGUUUUUUUUUGUUUUGUUUUUUA